CAGGUUUCUAUAAAAGCUUUUGCCAAAUAACAUUUUGCGUGCAGUUAACAGUUGUGAACUCACCACAGAGAUACGCAAUAUGUUGGCUAUGAAGACGGUCUAUCAGAUAGUGCUGGCGUUUUUAAUGCUCUGCCAUUAUUCUACAUCUCAAAUUCCAUGCGUAAGAAACACAGCCGCGUGUAAAGCAGACAGGACGGGAUAUGUCAGAUGUCCUGCAACCGGAGUGUUUUCUGCUGCACCUCCGACGCUGCUUUGUAACCCAACAGAGAGAUGCAUUGAUUUGGUUACAUCAGGAAAUCCGAGCACUGGUGAAGCUGGAUUCACUACUGGUCCAUGUGUUCCUACUCCAUGCACUUCUGUUGGCUUUUUUCCCGUUGGAGGUCCAACUAGAGUUGAUGCUUGCGGACUCUAUUACUUCUGUGACCCGGCUGGAAUCCCGCCGGCCUCGACCACGACCACGACCACGAUCACGACCCCGGGCACGGGCACGGAGACCACGACCCUGGACACGGAAACCACGACCGUGGGCACGGUGACCACGACCCCGCCGGUACCAUACAUCAAAAUCUAUAAUUGUGAAAAUGGGCAACACUGGAGCGCUACUACUAAUAAUUGUGCCAGACCUGAAGUAGCUCUGUGUAAUCCCACCCUAGCUACUUCGGCCGCAACAUCUACUUCGACCGCAACAACUACUCCGAGCGCAACAGCUACUUCGGCCGCAACAGCAACGAGUGCAGUUACAGCUCCACUAUGCUCAGGCUUCGGACGCUUCACUGAUCCUAGGAGCUGCAGGCAUUUCUACAGAUGUGGGCUCCUAAGUAACAGAGGCAAGAGAGUGAGGUGUCCUUUCCGUCUCCGAUAUGAUGAGAUUGAGCAACGCUGCACCAAGAAUGCUGUCUGCGGUUCAAGACCUCUUAAUUAAACGCACGAGGUUGUGCAUGCCCCUUAUUUAUUUAAAAUAAAUUAUUGAGAGUUUUGGCAAUUUAUAUGAAAAUGUGUUAGAGCUUUUUAGAUUUGACGUUUAAUAAAAGUUGUACAAGUUGUCCAAAUAAGAAUACAAAAAUGAUUUAAUAAUUCAA